ACCAGAACGCGAAAGUGAAAGGUGUGCGUCCGUGAACGGUGCAGCAAAGCGCUUGAAGGCAAGCACGAACGCAGCUGCUGGCCACCGGAUUGCAUACCGGUCGAGAUGGUUUUUUACCAUACGUGAGCACGGGACACUCGAAUCGAACCUUGUGCCUGGGCGAGCCCACCCGAUGGAGUUGCAUUCUGUGUCAACGCUGUUCAAAAUGCACCGCUGGAGUAUGCUGACGGUCCUGUGUGCAGCAAGUGUGCUGCUUGGUAGCGUCCGCUGCCAGACCGACGGUUCGCACAAGAUGGAGGUCGUGAAGCAGUGGAACCUGCUUAACUACAACUUCCCGUGGGAUUAUCCGGCCGCCAGCAAGGAGUUCUACAAUCCGGAAAAUGUCGUCGCCACCGGUCUGGAGGUGGGGUACGAUCGUAUUUUUGUUGCCACACCACGCCUGUUCUCCGGCGUACCGGCCACGGUUUCGAGCAUUCCGCGCGGUACCAAUGGUGACUCACCCGUACUGCAGGCAUACCCUGACUGGACGCACCAUCGUGCGGCAACGAAAGAGUACAACUGCUCCGACAUUGGGCUAGUGUCGGUUUAUCGGCUGCGUAUCGAUUCGUGCAACCGACUGUGGGCCCUGGAUGCAGGUGUGUCGCGUUCACUGGAAGACUUUGAAGUGACUUGCCCACCCAAGAUUCUUGUGUACGAUCUGCACACCGACCAGGUGGUACGCCGUAUCGACUUUCCACCGGAGGUAGUGCGACGCGAAUCGUUGUACACUAACUUGAUCGUGGACGAAACAACGUCCCGCCCGGAGAAUAACUGUGAUGAUGUGUUCGUCUACAUUACGGACACGGUUGCACCCGGUAUUGUUGUGUACGACAGUGGUAAGGAUCUAACCUGGCGCGUUAGCCAUCCGGCUAUGUAUCCCGAUCCGGACUUUGCCGAGUCUUCGAUUCUGGAGCAUCGGUUCACGCUGAUGGAUGGUAUCGUUGGAUUGGCAUUCGACAUGGAAGCAGGCAUCGUGUACUUCCAGCCAUUGGCAACUGAUCGCAUCUUCUCCGUGACCACGGCUGCACUCCGUUCUGGACCAUUGCCGUUCGGAAAAGAUCUGCCCGUGAAACUGGUGGGACGUAAGUCUUCCCAAGGUAUUGGUCUAGGCGCUUCUCCGCGUGGUGGCACUAUCUUCUACGCACCAUUGUCCGAAACGGCCGUAGCAUCUUGGAAUCCACGAACGAACGAGCAUCAGAUCCUUGCGCAAGAUCAAGAGAAAAUCCAAUUUGCUGCCGAUCUUCGUACACCAGACCGCGAUGCUACGGCUCUGUACGUGCUGACAUCCAAAUUCCAUCGGUUCUUCCUGAAAAAUCUCGACGCCAACGAGUUCAACACGCGCAUCCUACGCAUCGAUGGCGUUGCCAUUCCAAGUGGACAGCUUGCCUCCCAAAGCCACCUGCGGCCGACGAUUCCCUACGAUACGUUGCACGGGAACGCUUACUAUCAUCCAUCGGUCGUACUACCGGUACCGUACAAACCCUUGCCACCGGGACAAAGCAUUGCUCUACCACCGGCAGCCACAACUUCCACGCCGGUGAGCGUAUUCAACUCGCAGAAUAUGCCCUUUGGUCAUCAUGGUCUCUUCACCAAGCAAUCAACCUUCGGACAUAGCACCAUCCUCGGACAGGGAAAACCAUCGCAACCGUUCUUUGCGCUGAACAACGGUGAAAAGUCCUUCCCUCCAUCAACGAUCGGUUCUCGGCCACAGUACGGUGCAAGUGGAGCUCCGAUAUUCAUACCGAAGAUCAAUCAGAACUUCAACGAUCUGAACCUGUUGCGUUACAGGAAGAGCUUGUCGGUGAAUCAAACGGCUGUACACUGAAGUACAGCAGUGCAGCGCAAAAUUGAUCGAGUGAUAAGUUUGUACAUAAGUUUUUCGUAGAGGACGUUACACAGAAAGAGAUUUUACUGCAAUAGCUUACGGCGACAGACGGCGGAUGGCAUUUGCCGGUGCCGGACGUGGAUGCGAAGAGUAAACAAAAAAAAUAGCGCCAUUGAAACAGUAACACUGCCCAUAAUUGAUCUAAGGUUCUGCGAUCGGAACAGUAAAUACUCAUCGUUAGGUAAGAUGACAACAUUUCUUGUAAAUUGUAUUUAAAACUGAAGCUCAUGUUCUGCAAAAUAAAGCGAAUCUUCAUCCCAUCCUCAA